CUUCCAGAUUAUAAUUGGCCUCCAGGUCUGGCCACUUCUACCUUCUCAUUGUAUAUUUAAGCGAUUGCCUCCUCUCCAUGUUCUUGCCACUGCUCAUCCCAUUCUGUCUAGAGAUUGCUUCCAAACUCCCCUCGGUGCCACAGUGGGGCCUCCAUUCACCCAUCACUGCCAGAACAGCUUUGUGGUGAGCAAGUCAGAAUGUCACCGGCCCUUCAGUGCUGACAGCACACAACCUGUGAAGCCCUUGCUGACCUUUUCCACUCUGCCACCCUUGCCGUCCAGUCCUCUGCUCCAUCCUUGCGAUCUCCCUGGGGCUCCUCUACCUACCAACUUGGAGCACCAUACCCUUGCCUUUCCUUCUGCCUGGAAAUGAAGAUGGAAUAGGUUAAUGGAUAUGAGGUUCUUCGGGGGCAUCCUGUAUCGAACUUACCUUGUUGUUUUAGGCUACUUGGGGGUAUUUCUUCCACAAGACAGACGUUUCCUCUGUCCGGGGAUCCUGUCCUGUUCAUCUUUGGUCCCCAGAACCUACUCUGGUACCUAGACAUUGUGGGUGCCCACGGCACGGAAAAACGAACAGAAAUAAUUUUUUUUUUUUUUUUAAUUCCGAGUGGGCUGUCUGGCUCAGCAGCUGACUUUUUCGGAGACCUGCUCCCUCGGGGCCUCAGUGCUCCUCCGUCUCCCCCACCGCGCAGGUGAAGGGCAGCGGGGCGGCUCGCUGCCUUGGGGCCGGGCUGGGCGGGCGCCCGCGCGCCUGCGCCCUCUGCUGCUCCGCUCCGGGCGCGUCCGCCGUGUGCGUGUGUCUAGAGAGGAGAGGCUUGGGUGACAAGCGCGGGGUGGGGGUAAGAGUUCAGCCUCACUCACAGUCUCAUUCACUGAUUUCUCCGCCGCUGGACAGAAGCUGCCUCCCCAGGCCGCUCCCAACUACUCCCGCACCUCCACAGUCCCCACUUCCCGCCGCUCCACUCGCAGCCAGACAUUCUGACCGACAGACUCACGAGUUGGCAUCUUUGCGCCCGAGGGUGUCGCAAGCCGAGGCGGCGAGGACAGGGCGCCUCUGGCCCAGCCCGCCGGGCGGUAUGCGGCGCGGGCAACAGCGCUAAGCGCCCCCACGCUGGGCACGGGGCGUCCUCGCUCCAGGCGGCGGGCCGAGCGGCGGCGGCGGAGGGGAUGCGCCCGGGACGCGCAAGGCUCCUGCCGCGAGCUACCGCCCCGAGGUGGACCCCAAGCAGGGCUCAUCGCAGGACCGCGCGGACCCCUGCCCCCCGGGGCACGCGGCUGCGGAGCCUCGGGGCCGCAUCUGCGGUCAGGAUGCCCUGGGUGCCUCUCUGCUGGUGAGGAUGCCCUGCUGCGCGGCUCUGCGUCCCCAGCCCCGGUCCCUGGUGGGCACGACUGAGUGGGCCCGACUUCGGCCCGUCGUGCUGGUGGAUGAAAAGCGCCGGAGUCCCUGAGUGCGAUCAGCGAUCGAAUCUGAGUUCUAAGAGCCAUGGACGAAGGCACCGGGCUGCAGCCCCAGGCGGGAGAGCAGCUGGAAGCACAAGCCACAGUAGGAGCUGUCCAAGAGAAGUGCGAACCAGAGACCUUUAGGUCCAAGAGUUUACCAGUCCUGAACAGCGCCUCCUGCCGGCCAGACCUGAGUCCUGCGCGUGCAGGAGCCAAGCCCGCCAUCGGCUGUACAGAUUCUUUGGGCCAUGAGGAGUUGAAACCAGGCCCAAGUCGGUUGACCCCCAGUCCCUCUGCUCCUUCCACUUCGGCGGAGAUGGCAGGGCUCAUGGAAUGUAACCACAGGGUGGAAGUCAGCAAAGCCGUGUCGGUGUCCUCCGCUUUGGCCACGCUCCAGGGGAGAAGGUGCCUCUAUGUGGUCCUCACUGAUUCCCGUUGCUUCCUGGUUUGCAUGUGCUUUCUGACCUUCAUCCAGGCGUUAAUGGUCUCUGGGUACCUGAGCAGUGUCAUCACCACCAUCGAAAGGCGCUACAGUCUGAAGAGUUCCGAGUCGGGGCUGCUGGUCAGCUGCUUUGACAUUGGGAGCCUGGUGGUGGUGGUGUUCGUCAGCUACUUUGGCGGCCGGGGUCGGAGGCCCCUGUGGCUAGCGGUGGGUGGACUUUUCAUUGCCGUUGGGGCUGCCCUCUUUGCUUUACCUCACUUCAUCUCGCCUCCCUACCAGAUCCAAGAGUUGAAUGCUUCGGCCUCCAACAACGGCCUGUGUCAGAAUGGCAACUCCACCGCGCCUUCCGAACCUCCCGCCUGCCUGAAGGAUUCAGGAGGAAAUAAUCAUUGGGUCUAUGUGGCUUUAUUCAUUUGUGCACAGAUUCUCAUUGGAAUGGGUUCCACACCUAUUUAUACCUUGGGACCAACCUACUUAGAUGACAAUGUCAAGAAAGAAAAUGCAUCCUUGUACCUAGCCAUCAUGUAUGUCAUGGGAGCACUUGGUCCUGCAGUGGGAUAUUUAUUAGGUGGACUUCUUAUUGGUUUUUAUGUCGAUCCCAGAAAUCCUGUUAACCUUGAUCAGAAUGACCCUCGUUUCAUUGGAAACUGGUGGAGUGGAUUCCUCCUUUGUGCCGUUGCAAUGUUUCUUGUGAUAUUCCCAAUGUUUACUUUUCCAAAAAAGCUUCCUCCUCGACACAAGAAAAAGAAAAAGAAAAAAUUUUCUGCUGAUAUUGUUAGUGAUGAUGACGUUAUGAAGGAGAAGUCAAACAAUAGUGCACAAGUGGACAAAAAAGUUUCUUCUUUGGGAUUUGGAAAGAAUGUCAGAGACCUACCAAGAGCAGCUGUCAGGAUCUUAAGCAACAUGACAUUCCUUUUUGUGAGUUUGUCAUACACAGCUGAGAGUGCCAUUGUAACUGCUUUCAUUACCUUCAUUCCCAAGUUCAUCGAAUCACAGUUCGGUAUCCCAGCUUCCAAUGCCAGCAUCUACACUGGUGUUAUUAUUGUCCCCAGUGCUGGUGUUGGUAUUGUCCUGGGAGGCUACAUUAUAAAGAAAUUGAAACUUGGUGCAAGAGAAUCUGCCAAACUAGCCAUGAUCUGCAGUGGUGUGUCUUUACUGUGUUUUUCAACCCUAUUUAUUGUUGGAUGUGAAAGUAUUAACCUAGGAGGCAUAAACAUCCCUUAUACAACAGGACCUUCUCUUACCAUGCCCCACAGGAACCUGACAGGAAGCUGCAAUGUUAAUUGUGGUUGUAAAAUACAUGAGUAUGAGCCAGUCUGUGGAUCAGAUGGAAUUACAUACUUUAACCCUUGUCUGGCUGGCUGUGUUAACAGUGGUAAUCUUAGCACUGGGAUAAGGAACUACACAGAAUGCACGUGUGUCCAAAGCCGGCAAGUGAUCACUCCACCUACAGUCGGACAGCGCAGUCAGCUCCGUGUGGUUAUUGUCAAAACCUAUCUCAACGAAAACGGCUAUGCUGUGUCCGGGAAGUGCAAACGGGCCUGCAAUACCCUUAUCCCAUUCUUAAUUUUUCUCUUCAUUGUCACCUUCAUCACAGCAUGUGCCCAACCAUCAGCCAUCAUAGUAACACUCAGGUCGGUAGAAGAUGAGGAGAGACCUUUCGCGCUGGGAAUGCAGUUUGUUUUAUUGCGAACACUUGCAUACAUUCCUACUCCAAUUUACUUUGGAGCAGUUAUUGACACCACCUGCAUGCUCUGGCAACAGGAAUGUGGAGUGCAAGGCUCUUGCUGGGAGUACAACGUGACAUCAUUUCGUUUUGUCUACUUUGGUUUGGCGGCUGGCCUCAAAUUUGUUGCCUUCAUUUUUAUUUUUCUGGCCUGGUACUCCAUUAAAUACAAGGAGGACGAGCUGCAGAGGCAGAGGUGGAGAGAAUUUCCUCUGAGCACAGUGAGCGAGAUGGUGGGCCACACCGAAAACACCAGUAAGGGUGCCCGGACUAGAUCUUGUCCAGCUUUCAGCAGCCAGGGGGAUUUCCACGAAGAGACUGGUCUGCAGAAAGGGAUCCAGUACGCAGCACAGACCUAUCCGGGGCCCUUCCCCGAAGCAAUAAGCUCCUCCCCAGACCCAGGGCUGGAAGAAAGCCCUACUGCCAUGUAGCAUCCCUCCUGAAGCUUGAAAAUGGAAGACUUUAGUUUUGUUGGUUGAGUUGAAUAUGGCAACUUGAGAAACACCCGUGCCUUCUUUUCUUUCUCUCUUUUUUUAACCUCUAAAGACACAAUCCUCAAACCGACAAAACUCAGUAUACACAGCCACUAUUGACUGAGGGCUGGAUACCUCAACAAGACUGAGAGCCUUUGCCCCCCUUCUCUCCAAGAAGGAGGAGUUUAGGUAGAUUUGUUACCAUUUCCGCUAUGUUAAUUUCAUGCUCGUGCUCCAUUGUGGUAUAAGGCUGAGAGGUGCCUGGUUAAGAAAAUUACGGGAAGUGUCCUAGAGGUACAUAUCAUUACCAUACACUCCAAACAAAGGUGAGCUUGACCAUGACUUUGCAUUUACAAAUCAGAGUUUUUAGAUAUGAACACAUACUGUGAGUUCCGCUACAAAGCACAAAUGAAUUUGCCUCAACUAUGCAAUUUUGAUUGGGAAAAUGUAAGUGCAGCAUGUUACUUUUUCUUUCAAGAGACUAAAGCAGAUACGUUUUGAAAAGAGGACAAUAAACUUUCCCUAAAGUACUGUUAAUAGCGUUUUAAGCCAUAGCAGAGUUAUAAAUCAGGUAGAAUUUUUCAAAUGCUUCAAAGGAAUCAUAUGCAUAGUGUGACAAAAGGAACAGCGACUUUAUUUCAUAAGACACAUUCUCUUUUAGUCUGUCUGCCCCAUUAUAAGGUAA